AUCAUCUCGCUUCUUAAACCCACAAAUUAAGAAGCAGCAGCAGUGAAGAAGCUCCAUCCAUCCAUCCAUCCAUCCAUCUUUGAUCUCUCUCUCGGCCAUGGAUCCAGCCACAAUCGUCUCCACAGUUGGCAUCUUCGUCUUCCCAGCUCUCCAAGUUGCCCUAGAACGCCUCGUCGCUUACCUCUCCAAAGAUCAACCAUCGCAUUCCGCCUUCGACGAUGACCUCGAGCGUCUCCGCCUCUCGAUGUCCAACAUCCCAGCCCUAGCCUGCGCCGCCGAGCAUACCCCUUCACCGGACGCCGGCUUUCUCGACCUUCUCUGCCAGCUCAAGGACGCAUCCGACUCCGCCAAUGACCUACUUGACGAUCUCGAGUACCACUCGAUCCACCUCCAAGCCCGGUCCUACACCCCUGUCUCUACCCCAUCACCCACCUUUGAGUCCCAGCCCUCUCGCGCUCGAUCGGCGUCGGUGGGUGAUGCCGUGGCUGCUGAUUCCGGUCAAGAGUCCUUCAUUGCGUCUGCGGAUUUGCCGUUGUCGCUAGCUCUAGAUGCGAUUAGGGCCUUCAGUUGGGGGAAGGCUGUGCGAGUUCUCUCUGGAGGGAGCUCGGCCAAGAUCCCGGCGGGUCUCUCCAGUGCGACUGCAUCACCGCCCGAUCCCAGCUCAAGCAAUAGCACCUCCACCUCUUCUUUUUCCUCUUCUUCUUCUCCUUCUUCUUCCCAGAUCCUGAAUGUCCAAAAUCGUAUGCUGAGUUACUUGUUGAAGCACCAAGGUCAGAAUACUCUUCAUUGAAAUUUGAAGAUUGACCAUCAUUCAAAUGGAUCUUAAAACGAUCAAGCUCACCAUAAACUAAUUGGUUUGCUGUUACAGUUGUAAUUUGACCAUUGCUUUGAACAAUUGAA